AUGUUAGAAUAUCGUCAAAAUAACAUCUAAGUUAUAGUAAGAGUAAAGCCUGAAUAGGGUUGUAUUUAGGUUGACGAGUGUGAUUCGACUUCAUUAUAGAUAUCUAACAAGCAAUAUCAUUAUGAUCAUGUGAUUCCUCCAAAGGCUUCAUAACAAGAUGUCUUUACAUUGAUAGGUCAACCACUGAUUAACAAUGCCUUACAAGGUUAUAAUGGGUGUGUCUUUGCAUAUGGUCAAACAGGAAGUGGUAAAACUCACACCUUAAUUGGUAAUAAUGAUGGAUUACUUCCAUAAUGUUUACAAUAUAUUUUUGCUUGUUCUAUUGAAGAUCACAAUGUUAUAAUCAAAGGUUCUUAUUUAGAAAUCUAUAAUGAAUAAAUAUUUGAUUUACUCUCAUCAUCUUAAAAUUCUUUAUAAAUAAGAGAGGAUCCAAAGAAAGGGAUUUAUGUAGAGAAUUUGAAUGCAACAGUAAUAUCAAAUUACGAUGAAGCUAUUGCCUUAUUAAGAAAGGGCAAUUCAAAUAGACAUAUUGCUGCUACUAAGAUGAAUAGUGAAAGUUCAAGAAGUCAUGCAGUAUUUUUAAUUCAAUAUUCUACUUCAAUUUAAUAAGAAAAAUGUGAAGUGCAUUUAUAUUCAAAAAUGUACUUUGUUGAUUUGGCUGGAUCAGAACGUUAGAAGACAGCAUAAACAGAAGGAUAACGUUUGAAAGAAACUUAAGCAAUAAAUAAAAGUUUAACUUAGCUUGGAUUAGUCAUUUAUGCAAUUGUAGAGAGAGAAAAAGGAAAUAAUAAAAUUCAUAUUCCAUUUAGAGAUUCUAAACUUACUACUUUAUUGAAAGAUUCACUUGGAGGGAAUUCAAAGACAUUUAUGGUGGCUGCUGUUAAUCCAUUACAUGAAGAGGAAAGUAUUUCAACUUUAAAAUUUGCAGAAAGAGUUAAAUAAAUAAAAGUUAAAGCACAUGUAAAUAAAGAGUAUUCAGGAGAAGAAAUUACUAAAUUAAAUCUAUAGAUUUAAUAACUUAAAGAAGAAUUAGUUAAGAAAUCAAGAGAAUUAGAAAAUGUUUAACCAAGUGAUGCAUUAUAAUCUUAAUUACAUAUGUAAUUUGAUGAAAUUUAGAAAUUACUUUAACAAAUACAUAAAAGUGCUAUAUAAAUGGAAUUAGAAACUGUUGAGGGAUAAUUGUAGGAGUAUGCUGAAAAGAAGAGUUAUAUAAUUUAGAUAUUAAAAUCAUUAAAUUUAUCAUUUAAAGAAGAGGAAACUACUAAUUAUUAAACAUUGAAUGAAAACAUAGAAUAUUAAAAUAAAUUGAAAAUAUAAUUAUUACAAUAGGAAGAUGUAAUUUAUAAAUUACAAAAAAAGAAAAAGGAAUUAGAAUAAAAUAUUAUUGAUUAAUAAUAAGCUCAUAAAACUAUAUUGGCUUCAACAUUAAAAGGUUUUGAAGAUUAAAUAAAGAUGAAAGAUUAUCUUUAUGAUUAAAUAAAAGAAGAUUUAGAUUAAAUGGAGGUUUCUAAAUUGUCAUUGUAACAUCAAAAUGAUAAAUUAAAAGAAGAAGUUUAAUAAUAUAUUGAAAAGAUUGAAUAAAUGUAAAUUUAAUUAUUUUAAAAUUAAUAACAUUAAUCUACUAUUUAUGAAGAGAAGAAUUAGAAUAUAUAAAAAUUAGAUUAAGAUUUAUAAUAAUAAAUUGAAUAUAAUUCUUAAUUGAGAUUAUAAUUAGAAUAAAUUCAUGUAGAAAUCUAUUAAAAUAAUUAAUAAUUCUAAAUUGAAACAAAUUAAUUAAAUUCAUAAAUUCAAUAAUAACAAUUAGAAAUUAAUAGAUUAUUAGAAUGGGUCUAGAAAUUAGAAGCUGAAAAUAUUAAUAUUAAAUCUAAUAAUGAUUUUAAAAGAGAAUAUGAUUAAUUGACAUAAUAAUACUCUAAUCUAAAAACUUAAUAAUAACAUUUAGAAUAAGAAUUGAAAUCUUUGUAAACUGAAAAUUAAUAUAAUUUAAGUGUUAUAGAGAAUUUAGAAAUCUCUAUUUAAUCAUUUGAAUUAUUUGAAGAUAAUUUAAAAUAAGAAAAUUAAUUAUAUCGAAAUACUAUUCUUGAAUUGUAAGAAUAAUUAAAUUAAAAAUAAGAAAUAUUCUUAAAUAUACAAAAAUCAUUUAAAUUAGAUAAUUGUGAAAAUAUUAUUAAUGAAUUAAAUAAUAAAACAAAUUAACUUUAUAGAAAUGAAUAAAAAUUAAGAUAAGAAUUAUCAUAAUUGAAGUCAGAAUAAUAAUUGUAUAUCUAAAAAUUAUAAAUUAGAGAUUAAACUAUAUCAGAUUUAUAAAAUGAAUUAUAAGAUUUAUAAAAAACUCAUAGAACAAGUGAAGUAUAAAAAUAAAUAGAAUAAAAUGAAAAAAGUUAGAGUUAAAGAUAAUUGGAAUAAAAAAUAGCAUCAUUGAAAUUAGAAUAUGAUAAAAUUAACAAAGCUAAAAAUGCAUUAUUAGUUGAAUAUACAAAAUUAGAAAAUAACUAAAAGGAAUUUGAAACAUUCUUAUUAAUCCUAGAAAAGAAACUAUAAGAUUAUGUGUCCAAUACCUUUAGAAAAAAUAGAGUAAUGAGUUAAGAAUAAUAAAUUUUAUAUUUGAAAACUACCUAAAUUAAACAAUCUAAAUUUGUAAUCAUAGAGGCUUUAGUUGAUAUAGUCAUAGUAAUAAAUUAUAAUAAAUUUAGUUAGAUACAAUUGAUAGAUAAAUCAGAACCUUUUCUUAGAUAAGAAUAAAUUGA